UGCGGUCACCAUAGUGACCGGGGAAGCGGAAGAGGAAGGAGCGGGCCCAGGGGGCUGUGAGGUGGCAGCGGCGGCUGUAGCUGAGCCGGCAAGUCUCCGAAACUUGGGAUCUGGUUCGUUCGUGUCUUGCGGCCGGGAUUCGGGCUUUGUCAUCCUCUAGAAGAGCGUCAGGUCCUCUCCAUUCUUUGCUCGGGAUCGCCCUUCGUUGGGGCGUGUGGAAAUUAGGCUGCUCCCCCCCUCCAUCCCCACCCCUACCCCCCGCCUCCGUCCUUAACAAGUCGGAGGCCGAGUUCUACCCGGGUCCGUGGGGCUGGAGUCAAACCCGUUUCACUUUGGAGUCCUGGGAGGAGGCCCUCUGUCUUCCCCGAAGCUCCUGCUCAACCUUAAGAGUCUCAUUGUAAGGACCGCCCCCCCCCUUCUUUUGCCUUCUUUCCUCCCUCCUCUCAAAGAGGGGAAAAAAGGAAAUAACUCAGCGAGCUGGGUUUGUUUGGGGGCUUCUUCCCCAGGUGCUCCUUGAAAGAACAGGUUGUCAGCCCUAUCCCGGGACAAACUCAGACUCAUCUUUGUCUCCUCUGCAUUUAUCACUGGCUCCUUACUUUGGAUGUGAGUACAUCUAACGCUAGCUGAGCUUGGCUUCGCCUUGCAGGAAGAUUCAGUAGCCCCUUCACCUCCGUUGUUUUCUUUGGUGUUUUGAGUCUUUCUUGGAUUCUUUGGUCUAGGGAUAGAAGGCAGCUUAGCUGUUCCAACCCUCUCAUUUUACAGAUGAGGAAAGUGAGGCUCAGGGAGAUGAAGUGACUUCUAAAAUCGCAUUGCUAUUAAGUAGCAAGAGCUGUGUAGGUAGACCAGGUAAAGGAGCAAGAAUCCAUGCAGCAAGGACUACUGGAACCUGGCUCUUCCGUUUCUCCCAAAAAGGGUCCAGGCGAAGCUAUUCUCUACAGCUUGCCUUACGGUAUGCCAGAUUCCAGGAAAAUGCCAUCCGCUGUUGGGCUCUUUUGAGACAGUAUGGGUGCUCAGUUAGCAAGAUUGCCUAUCUCACUCAUGUACCUGUUCUCAGAUGCAGAAUAUUAGUAGCUCUUGGUCACUCUUGACUCGGGGACUACUCUAAGCUACCCUUUCUCCACAUCACUGAAGGGAAGGCCAGGAGAGCCAGACACUCUUUCUUGUAUCAGUCUUGAGUGGAUAGGCAAAGUGAGAAUUCUAGGGUAUGGCUGAUUUAGAACCUGGAACUCUGCAAGAUAGGCAGAUCUGGAUUGAGGCUGAGGUUAGUUACUGUGGUUGGUGGCUCUUGGUUUGAGGUGCCAUGAAUUUCUCCUCUUAUCCUUCUUUUAUCUGUUACGGCCACCACUUGCACUAGGUCUAGAUUUUAGGUUUUUGUGGUCCUUACUCCUUUCUUGUAUCAGGACCAGCAAUCUAGUCCUUAAGUUUUGUUUUCUCAUCAUUCACCAAAAGACCAAACUGUGAUCACAACAGGGGAACCUUGCAAGCUGAUUGCAGGCCUAAUUGCUUCCUGUUCAGGAGUUAGAUUUUUCUGUCCUAACAGCUGGGGAGUCAGUGGGGGUUAGAAAAUAAAGGCCAGGCGAGGCUCAAGAGUUUUGCUUUUGUCUUGAACUUUCCUGGGAAAUGCUAGACCCUGGAAGCACACCUACUCUGUUGUGCGGUACACCGUAUUGACUCCAGGUUUCUUAACUAAAGCUUUAAGUUUAGCAUUGCCCCGGGCUACAUAACCUUUAGCCCAGUUGAUCCCUGAGGCUGUGCCCCUUGUUGGGGGAAGGCAUCUCUGCCCUAGGACACACCAUCAUGCGACUGAGCUCCCUUCUGGCUUUGCUGCGACCAGCACUUCCCCUCCUCCUAGGACUGUCUUUGGGGUGCAGUUUGAGCCUCUUACGGGUCUCCUGGAUCCAGGGGGAGGGUGAUGACCCCUGUGUGGAGGCUUUGGGGGAGCUUGGGGGCUCACGGAAGCUGGAUUCAAGGACCCAGCUUGGCCAGAGUGAUGAAGACUUCAAGCCCCGGAUUGUUCCAUACUACAGGGAUCCCAAUAAGCCAUACAAGAAGGUGCUCAGGACACGGUAUAUCCAGACGGAACUGGGCUCUCGUGAACGGCUGCUCGUGGCUGUCCUGACCUCCCGGGCCACACUGUCCACGCUAGCAGUGGCCGUGAACCGCACUGUGGCCCACCACUUUCCUCGGCUGCUGUAUUUCACAGGGCAGCGAGGUGCCAGGGCACCAGCGGGGAUGCAGGUGGUAUCCCAUGGGGAUGAGCGCCCAGCGUGGCUCAUGUCAGAGACCCUGCGACACCUUCACACUCACUUUGGCGCUGACUAUGACUGGUUCUUCGUGAUGCAGGAUGACACCUAUGUCCAAGCCCCUCGCUUGGCCGCGCUGGCUGGCCACCUUAGUAUCAACCAGGACCUGUACUUGGGUCGGGCUGAGGAGUUCAUUGGUGCAGGGGAGCAGGCCCGGUACUGUCACGGCGGUUUUGGCUACCUGCUGUCCAGGAGCCUCCUGCUCCGGCUGCGGCCCCACCUGGACGGCUGUCGUGGAGAUAUCCUCAGUGCCCGUCCUGAUGAAUGGCUCGGGCGCUGCCUGAUUGACUCCCUAGGCAUCGGCUGUGUCUCUCAGCACCAGGGGCAGCAGUAUCGAUCUUUUGAGUUGGCCAAGAACAGGGACCCAGAGAAGGAGGGAAGCUCGGCAUUCCUGAGUGCUUUUGCUGUGCACCCUGUCUCUGAUGGGACACUCAUGUAUCGGUUACACAAGCGCUUCAGUGCCCUAGAAUUGGAUCGGGCCUACAGUGAGAUAGAGCAGCUGCAGGCACAGAUCCAAAACCUGACAGUACUGACCCCAGAAGGUGAAGCAAGGGGUGAGCUGGCCAGUGGACUCCCUCCCCUUUCAACUCCACGGUCCCGCUUUGAGGUGCUGGGCUGGGAUUACUUCACAGAGCAGCACAUCUUCUCCUGUGCAGACGGGGCCCCCAAAUGUCCCCUCCGGGGGGGCCAGCGGGCAGAUGUGGGCGAUGCUGUAAGAGGACCGCUCAUGGAGCAGUUGAAUAGACGCUAUCAGCCACGCCUACGCUUCCGAAAACAGCGGCUCCUCAAUGGUUACCGCCGCUUUGACCCGGCACGGGGCAUGGAGUACACUCUGGACCUUCUUUUGGAGGCUGUGACCCAACGUGGGCACCGCCGGGCCCUUGCACGAAGAGUCAGUUUACUUCGGCCACUGAGCCGAGUGGAAAUCCUACCUAUGCCUUAUGUCACUGAGGCCACGAGGGUACAGCUAGUGCUGCCACUCCUGCCUACAGAAGCUGCCGCUGCCCCUGCCUUCCUAGAGGCCUUUGCAGCUGGUGUCCUAGAGCCAAGGGAACAUGCUUUACUGACCCUACUGCUGGUUUAUGGGCCACGGGAGGGUGGUCGAGGGGCCCCAGACCCCUUUGCGGGGGUGAAGGCGGCAGCGACUGAGCUGGAGCGCAGACACCCCGGGACACGACUGGCCUGGCUCGCUGUGCGAGCUGAGGCGCCCUCCCAGGUGAGGCUCAUGGAUGUAGUCUCAAAAAAACACCCCGUAGAUACCCUCUUCUUCUUAACUACUGUCUGGACUAGGCCCGGGCCUGAUGUUCUCAACCGCUGCCGCAUGAACGCCAUCUCAGGCUGGCAGGCUUUCUUCCCUGUCCACUUCCAGGAGUUCAAUCCUGCCUUGGCUCCGGUGAAAUCAGCCGCGGGGCCUCCCGGGGCUGGCCCUGAUCCACCCUCCCCUGCCGGUCCUGACCAGCCCCGGGGGGCCUCUGCUGGCGGCCGGUUUGAUCGGCAGGCCUCUUCGGAGGGGUGUUUCUACAAUGCUGACUACCUAGCAGCACGUGCCCGGCUGGCCGGGGAACUGGCUGGACAGGAAGAAGAAGAGGCCCUGGAGGGGCUAGAGGUGCUGGAUGUUUUUCUACGCUUCUCUGGACUGCACCUUUUUCGUGCAGUUGAGCCAGGCCUGGUGCAGAGGUUUGCCCUUCGGGAUUGCAGCCCGAGGCUGAGCGAGGAACUCUACCAUCGCUGUCGGCUCAGCAAUCUGGAGGGAUUGGGCAGCCGGGCUCAGCUCGCCAUGGCGCUCUUUGAACAAGAGCAGGCCAAUAGUACCUGAUUCACUUCAGCCUGCACUGGUACUUCUGUAUCCCUGCCCCAGGACGGGCAAGGCAACGUGGUCUGAGACACAUGGAGAAAUUGUUACUGUAUUUUUUUUAAAUGAGAAAAUGUUAUUAAAAGUUUCUUCUACCAAA